UUUCCUUUUAUACCUCUCGGAAACACACUUGCUUUUCCUCACUCCUAUCUCUAUCUCUAUAUCACAUCUGUCUCUAUCUCCCCCACUUCAUUGAAUUCCAUAAUCUUAACUCAUGGGCUGCUUCUCAUUAUUUCCGUGUUUCAACAAACGAAAUCUUAACAAAUCUGUUUACAAUCCAUCUCUUCCUUCUUCUGUACAUCAGGGAAAUGAAGAGAGUUAUUGCGAGUCUGAUUUAAUCAAGCUUCCGACACAAGGAUCAACUAAUCUUGGUUCAAUUCAAAUACCCAUUUCGAAAGCCAGGGAGGAUAGUGAAAAUCUGCUGGUCAAUGAUAGUGGUGGUGAACAGGUUGCUAUAGAUUUAGAUAUAAAGAUUAAUAAUUUAGAUGUUGAAAGUGAAGAUUUUGAAAAUGAAAAUAAGGAGAGUGGAAAAUUAGGGUUUCUUGUGCAUCUAGAGAGUGAAAAAGAGAGGGAGAUUGAAACGAAAAAAGGAAAUGGAAAGUUGGGUGCUCUUGUGCAGAUUGGGAAUGAAAAGGAGAUGAAUUUAGAAUAUAUAAAUGUAGAAAUUGAUAAUGUAGAGGUGGAGAGUGUAAAGGAUAGGAAGAUGGAACCGAAAGAAGCAGAUGAAGGUCUUAGGGCUCAUACGUUGGUUGAGAACGAUAAGCAGAUCGAGCAGAAAGAGGAAAGUCAAUAUGAUGAGGAAAAGGAAGUGAAAACUGAAGAACGAAAAAAUGAGGUUCAAAGUCGAGUGGUCUCAGAAUCUAGUGUGUCAAGUUAUAUAUCUUAUCCACCAAUGCAUAGAUACCAUAAUUAUGUAAUCAAUGAAGAUGAAGAAGAAGGUGAAGAUCAGGUAGUAGUGAUUCAGGAAUCGUCAUCCGAGUCUUUAUUCUCUGUGUCAAUUAAUCCAAGGAGAAAGCAAAAGUAUGGUGUGGUUGAAGUUGAUGAUGAUAAAGAGGUCAACAGUCCCUUGAAAGUAAGUUCUUCGCCCAAAAGGCCUGAGGUGGAUGAUCAGAACCAAGUUAUUGAUUAUCUAUUGAAUCCAAUUGAGAAUCUUGCUCAAUGGAAAACAAUAAAGGCAAGACCAAUGCCUAUUUUGGAACAACACCUAGAAAAAGAAAAUGUCUGUUUAGAGCAAGAAGAUAUUCCGAUCCAAUUAACUGAAGAGCCUAUCUCUAAAGUUUCUGAUAUGAAGGGGAAACGAAAGAACGACACUGCAGUAACUACAAGUCUUUCAAGUUGGUUGGUUGAACCUGAAAAGUCAACAGCAAGCAAGGAAGAGAGUCAAUAUUCUGCUGGGAAUUCGUAUGCAUACUCUGAUGGGGCAACUUCUUGGAAGAGCUUUGAAGAUAGACCCAUUUUAGGAGCUUGGACCAUUAAGGAAGUGCGGCAGGUAUCUGCAAGAUCUUCUCCAAGAAAGUCACCUAGCCAUGACCAUGAUGAGAUGCCGAUCAUAGGAACUGUUGGGAGUUACUGGAGUCAUACCGGACAGGCUACAGAUUUUUCCAACUCCUGCAGCACAUCUCCCAUGGGAAUGUCUGCAAAAUCGAGAAGGAACAGAGAGAAAGCAUCAAGCUGUCACUCUACUCCCUAUAAGAGACGGUUGGAUAGAACAUUUGACAGGACUGCUGUUUAGGUUACCUUAUAAAAUGUGUUUGGGCGGCUUUAAAAGUACAGUAAUUUUCUGUUGUUUUUUGAGCAUGAUGAUUAAAUAAACGGGAUGACAGUGUUUUCAUCUCUAGUCUUACAUUCCCUUUUUUUAUGCUUGUGAAUACUAGAAGCUGGUUUAUAUGUAAUCUCAUUUUGAAUCCA